AAAAAAGUUGAAAAGAGUGUUGAAUGAUUCAAACUUGAUACGGAAAACAUGCUAACAAGAGAACGCAUCUUAUCUUUGUAAAAUCGUAACUAUGUUGAUCGGAGAACGGGGUAAAAAGCUGCAGAGAAAACAUGGCCAGGAAAGAGGUGGUGGCGGUCACUGCUGCGGUGGUUACUGCGGUUGCAGCGGCUGUAAUAAUUGGUCAAUGGGUGCGGAGGAAGGAGCGGCGGCGGAAACAAACACAGAUGAUUUUGAGGAAGUUCGCUAGAGAAUGCGCCACGCCGGUUUCGAAGCUAUGGGCGGUGGCGGACGCCUUGGUAGCCGACAUGACCGCCUUUCUCUCUGCCACUACAGCCGCCGGGAGUUGCGGCUCCCUCAACAUGCUCGUUUCAUUCGCCGGUGCUCUCCCUUCAGGGGAAGAGAAGGGGCUACGUUAUGGAGCUAACUUGCGAGGCAAGGAACUUCUACUGUUACGUGGAACUUUAGGAGGUAACGAAGAACCUAUUUCCGAUGUGCAUAAACAGGAGAUUUCAAUCCCUGCGGAUGUUUUAAACGGCUCUUUCAAGGAGCUGUGCGAUUACAUAUCCUUGGAGCUAGUUAAGUUCAUUGGGAUGAAUCCUGGAGAAGAAACAGAUGAAGUUAAGAAUCUAGGGUUUACGUUAACACGCUAUGUCGAACAGAUUGGGCCUAGUUCAAUCUCGGCGAUACAGAGGAAGGGCUUAGCAAAUGAUGAUGAUGACACGGUUUUGAAGGAGUUUGUGAAUUAUAUGAAUGAAUCAUUGGAGAGUCACGGACUGAAGAUUCGGAUGAACGUGGCGCUGGUGGAUGACACAAUUGGAGUGUUGGCUGGAGGAAGGUACUAUCAUAAGGACACUGUGGCUGCAGUCACUUUAGGUAUGGGAACUAACGCUGCUUACAUCGAACAAGCUCAAGAGGUUCUCAGAUGGAAACCCUCGAUACCAAACGAGCCACAAGAGAUUGUUAUUAGCACGGAGUGGGGAGAUUUCAGAUCAUGUCAUCUUCCUGUAACUGAAUAUGAUGCUGCUCUUGACGCAGAAAGCUUGAAUCCUAGAAGCUGCGUAUUUGAGAAGAUGGUGGCUGGAGGAUACUUAGGGGAGAUAGUGAGAAGAGUGUUGCUAAAAAUGACACAAGAAUCUGCUUUAUUUGGAGAUAUACUACCUCCAAAACUGACAACCCCUUACACUUUAAGUUCGCCAGAUAUGGCCGCGAUGCAUCAAGAUAUAUCCGAAGAUCGAGAGAUUGUAAACAAAAAGCUCAAGGAUGUUUUCGGAAUCAUGUAUUCAACUCUUGCGGCUAGAGAAGUGGUGGUUGAAGUGUGCGAUGUAGUGGCGGAAAGAGCGGCGCGUGUGGCAGGAGCAGGAAUAGUUGGGAUGGUAAAGAAGCUGGGAAGGUUAGAGAAAAAGAUGAGCAUUGUGAUAGUUGAAGGAGGAUUGUAUGAUCAUUACAGGGUCUUUAGAAACUAUCUUCAUAGCAGUGUUUGGGAAAUGCUCGGCGAUGAGUUAUCGGACCAUGUCGUCAUUGAGCAUUCUCACGGUGGAUCUGGUGCCGGAGCCCUUUUCUUUGCUGCUUGCGGCAACGUUAAAACCUAAGAGCUGAAACAAGAAGAUAACCAGAGCGAAUAUAAUUUUUGUUUUUGUUUCGUUUCCCAAAACCAUUAUUCUAUUUUGACGUUGUCUUGUAAAAUACUUUUUCCAACAUCUGUUACAUUUACUUGUUAGAGAAACUAAAUAAAAAUAGUCCUCAUGUAAGAGACUUGUUACAAAGCGUGGCCUAAGUGUUAUACACUACAACCGGCUGCAACCAUUAAAAAAAAAAUUCUAUUACCGAUGUACCAGUAAAACAAGAUAUGAAAGCUCAUUGUUGACAGAGGAUCAUGCACUAAUGUUGCUAGCAUUUAUAUGGUUAUAAACAUGGUCUAGAAGAGACUAAUAAGCAUCUGCAUCCAUAUAAACUAAAAUGAUUAGAUAUAAUUAUAUUGGUCAGUAAAAACAACAUAUGAAUCCUUGGGCACUUCUGAUUAAAUAGCUCAUAAAAGUUGUAUCUAACGUCCACAAGUUAAAAUGAACGAUUUAAGCAGAUAUGGGUUUUGAGUUUUAUGGACUUGUAAUUUAUAUACAACUAGUGGUUUUCCGGCGCUACGCGCCGGGUUUUUAUAAUAUUAUUUAUUAAUUGUUCUUAUACAAUAAUUUAAAUAUAUAGUUGAUUGUUAAUAUACAUUUUAUUAUAGAUAUAUAAAUUUAGAUUUUUCCACCUUAGAAAAUAAGAUAUUUAUCAAAAGUACGUAGAUAUAAUAUAUUUCACUUUCUACAUCAUUGGUCCCAAAAAUUAUUGUAAAGAAAGUGAAUUUUAACUUAUGCAUAAAUUAAUUAACCAUUUAUAGAAUAAUAUUUAUAACCUUUUGUCUGAAUUUAUGUUACUUUGUCUGAAUAUUAUGUUCAUUUGACCCAAAAAAAAGAUAUGUUCUUACAUUUUGAAAGGGAUUACAUAUUGAUAAUGGAUAUUCACAUCUCAUCAACUCACAAUGAUCUUAAGUAAAAAGUGAGUUUGUUUUCGUAAACUGGAUCUCUAAUUAAAGAAAAACCAAGCAAAUAUUUUUAAUCAAAAUAUAAUAACAUACAUAAGGGAUCGAAUAUAUUUCAAUAUAUCAUCAAAAGGAUGCGUUAAAGGUUAAAAGCGAUAAAAAAAUAUGUAGCAUAUUUUACUGAUUCAGUUUGGGAAGAAACACCACAAAACAUGCAUAAGUGAUCUAGUAUAUUCAAAUAUCAACAAAUGGACACUUCCGAAUUCUGACAAAAAAAUGUGAAGCAUAUACUUUGCUUUAUCCAUUUGAAACAUUUUUUUGAAAUCGUACACUUUUUCUAUGCAUAUAGCAUAUUAAAAUCUUGGAUGCUGAUUGUAGUCAUGAAAGGAAUCUUAAUUUUUCUAAUUUCCUACAUGUCUGUUGCUUUUUUGGUGUUAAUGUUGAUACUAUGAAGAAUGAUUUGUUUCUUGUGGCUGAAUAUGAGAUGGUCCUAAUUUUGUUAUUUGUUAUAUUUUAUCACCUUCCUAUGUUGUGUCCAAAAAAAAAAAAAUCACAUUU